UGAAAGCUCCACACACAAUCACUGGCGCGCGCGGGAUACACUUCCGGCUCAAUCGAAGUUUCUAGCACUCUCCACAAGAUGUCACCAUCUAUCAGGAAUAUAUUUGAACGUCAUCUGUGAGGAAAACUAUCAAACACGAAAAUGAUCAGCUGAUGCGGAUAUUAUAGAAACGUCAAACGCAUAUGUAUCUGCAUACAAGGCUUGCCAGGACUCUUUAUUUGAUAGAAAAAGGAUUGAAAGCUUACUUUUGAUAUUUUUUCAUAUGAAAUUAAAAUUUCUAAAGACGAGAGAAAAAGAUCUUUUGAUAAGAACGGAUAUAUAAAAAGAAAGAGGUGAAGGAUCUAAGAUUCGGCAUUCAAGUUAACAGAUGUAAACAUUGCUAGAUUGAAAGUUGCGUCGUCGAAAAUGGAUCACGUGGAGAUCGAGGAUUUUUAUCAUCACGACUUUACCACUGUUUCCGAAUGGGAAGUGUUUAUCGCGCGACUCGAGGAAAUUAUGCAUGAAUGGAAUCUCUCGCAAACGAAGGUCUCCAGUCCGCUCAAAUCAGGAGACUUCGUCAAUUGUCAGUGGCAUGAAGCUUCGGAGAAGUUAAAUUUUGCAGAUGUAGAAUUUUUGCUAAAACACUAUAGGCUAGAAAAAGAAAAUAAAGAGGAUGAUGCAGCAAAUACUCAAGAGGAAAGUGAAGAAGAAUGGAUACAAUGUCAAAAGGAUGCUUUGGACAUAUCUAAUGAUUUUGUAAAACUUAAUGAUAAUUGCAUGGAAAUAGCUCGCUAUUAUGGCGUUAGAGAAUUCCUUGUUUUAAUCCCAGCAAGAAAAGCGAGUUUAACAGAUGAAACUCGAAUUAAGAUUUUACUUAGUUCGUUAACAAUUGCGACUAACAAUGCAAAUUGUUAUAUACCAGCAUUAGUACAAGUUCAGGAACUCUGGCAGAAAAUGUAUCUUGGAUGCUGUGCUGGUAAAGGAACUUGCGUGAGUCUCGAAAUGGUGCAUUUAAAAAAAAUUCCGUCACAUUGCAGAUAUCUUACUGGAUUACUUGCUCUUUUUAAACAAAAAAUUGGGGAAGGUUGUGGAGUAAAACUUGACUCUGUAAUGGUGUCUGCCAGAUUUUCUUAUCUCUUAAAAGACUGGACAAACAAUACGUGGACGCAGGAACCUCCAGAUUUUGAUUUUAUGCAGGGAGAAGCAUUAGGUGUAGCUGAACUGGGUAAACUUCCUUUUGGAGCGACCUUCGAUCCCGUCGGGGAACUUCAUUUAUUUGUCACGUGGCCACAAAUGUCGGAUAAUGUAGUGGUGGACAGCGAAGGAUACUCGGAUUUGGAGCCGCAACUCGCUCCUGAAUGGUCAGUGCAAGUGAAAAUGAUAGCCUCGCCAGCUUGUCUACUUGGUGAAUAUAUGACGGAUUUUCUUCAUUUGUGUAACAAUCAGAAGACUAUGGUGGAGUUAUUGGGUGAAAAUGCAUCUUACAUUCAUGACGACGAUCAAAUGCUGAGUACAGCCUUCAAUGUGCUCACUGAAUCCAGAAUACCCACAAUUUCGACUGUCAUGGGCAGAGCGAGUGCGAAAAAGAAUAAAAAUGUUGAAGGUCCAAUAUCAGAGGAGAUAUUGUUACCUAUAUUAUACUUCCUUUUUCCAGAUGCGGAUGAUACCUCGAAGUUUCCCUACGGCGAUAUCACGGCUAACAUCGAAGAUGACCAGUGGAAAGGUGUGAAGACUUGUGCAAUGGACAGUCUGGUGUGGCGUCUAUCGAUUGUCGCAGCACAUUGUAUGCAUAAUCUUGGUGGCGCGACCGCUCUAGCGCAACUCUGGCAUGAGUUUGUGCAAGAAAUUAGAUUCCGCUGGGAGAGGAAUAUCCUGAUACCUGGAGUCGGGCCUGGCUUUCCAGAUUCCGUUCGCACGUGCUUACUGCAUCAAAAAUUACAGAUGAUGAAUUGCUGUAUAACCAGGAAAAAGGCAAGGGAGGAGAACGCGCACAGGUCUCAGAGUAUAGAAAUUGAAGAUGUAGAGGAGACAGAAUCAGAAGAGGAAGAGGAAUUUUUCGAGUGCACAAGCGAGGAAUUGGCGAACGAAGAGGUUUCGUCAACAAAGCCGCAACUGAAGGCGAAGCACCUGCUGUGGAACAAACCCGCGGGAAGAUUAGCCAAACACCCUUCGCUCAGGUUGAUUCAAACUGGAGAUCCUCUUUAUCUACCAAUCACACAGGAUCCUGUACCAAAAACGGAGGAUCAGUUGGAGGAGGACGCGCAGGUGAUGAUGCAGCUCGGUACCGACAAGUACGCAUCUGAGAUGAGGGCUCGAAUGAUGAGCGCGUCCCUAUUAUCCGACAUGGAAUCUUUCAAAGCGGCAAACCCUGGCGCGGUCUUGGAGGACUUCAUUCGAUGGUAUUCACCGAGAGAUUGGAUCGAAAAUGAGAAUAUUGAUGAAUGGGGACAAGCAAAGGGCUCUUUAUCGCCGCGGAUGAUGAUUCCUGAUAAUCCGUGGUCAACUACAUGGGCGUCGGCGCAGCCAGUUCCCGCACACCGACAGAAACGAUUGUUCGACGACACGCGAGAAGCAGAGAAGGUUCUGCAUUACCUGUGUUCAAAGCGAAUAGGCCAGAUCGCGCAGCUCUUACUGCCGACUCUGAUGCACGCCGCGGUUUAUACCUUGAGUUCGCAAAAACAAGAAGCUUUACCGAAUCUGCCCAAUGCCGCGCAAACUAUGCUCGAUGUAUUGCAACAUGUGACAAAACCAAUUCAUCAAAAAUUGCGAUUAUAUGAGGAGAUCACACGCGAUAUUGAGAAUGUGGAAGCACUGGUCGCGCAAGUGAAUUCAUUGCAGCAUAAGCUGGGUGGAAAGAACGACUCUAAGGAAUUUACAUCCUUCUUGAUACAAUUGAUGCGAGGGAAGGAGGUGAAUGUGCCCGGUGGCUCCAGAGGAGAUAUCGGGGCUCGAAUAACGACGAUGUUUCGCGACGCUCAAAAGGCCGCUCACAUGAUGACGUCCAUUAGUAACACUAACAAGGAUACUACAGAUGCGGAAGAUGGUCGAUACAAAAUAUUCCCCGAGCCGUCAUGCAAAGAAUUCAUUUUACGGGCGAUAAUGCCGCGACCUUCGCCAGCUUCUACACCGCAGCCACAGCGGUUGUACGUUUGUCUUAAACGAGAUCACAUUCGUUUAGCCGGAUUCUUUUCCGAAGAUACGAUAUUUCUAUAAUGUUGAUC